CUCGCAGAGAGAGACCAUCGUAAGAACCAUGAUGAGCGCCACGAUGACACAGCACACACGUGUGCACCCACCUGUGCCCCUGCACCGCCUCAAGUACCCGCCCCUGCCCCUCCACCUGCCAGCCGAGUACAGGCGGCAACAGGAGGCCGCCACCUACCAGGAGGACCUCGCGGCACUGGGCGAGGAGGCGGCGAGGGAGAGCGUGGAGAUCCUUCGGGCGAGCGGCGUGAUCGAUAGGGUGAGCCAGCCAUCAGUGAGUGCUGUCGCCAGCCACCUUGUCUCACCUGCCGUCUCCGGUUGUCUGCGUGGCUGCAGGACUGGAAGGGGAUGAGGGUGCAGAGGGACAUCCAGGUCGGCAGACUCACCGCAGCUCACUGAGAUGUAUAUCUCAUUGUGUGCUGUCCGCUGGCUGACGUGUGCAGGGUCUGAUGCUCGUAAGGCCAAUCUGUUGUAUGGUCAUCUGCUGCGUGUGAUUGAUUUUACAAUGCACGAAUGCCAGGAGUCUCUUGUGUUUGGUCUGUCUCGGUGUGUCGAUGAGUUGACUCGAUUUGGUUUUUCACGACCAUUCAUCCAUCGCCAACUGACUCGUGUUGCCCGUUACUUCCCCUCACUGCUGCGUGCCCUGCGUGAGUGAAGCACACUAUGAUCUGCCUGCCCGUUGUUGUUGUAUCACCGCAUCCCGCGAGACGAACACCGCUGCGGUUUUUGCUGCCCCGAACUCUUUACAUGC